AACACUAUCUAUCCCCUAUAUUCCUAUCCUAUGCUACAAGAAUAUACUCCGUACUCACAACAAUAGAGAAAGAUAUAAACGAAUUGUAAGAUGAGACUAUGUUCUCUCACUUCAUCCAACCCCUGCAACACCACCAUUAUCAUCACCAACAACAAAAAUGUCGGAGUAGCCAAGAGCUACACCAACAAUUGCAACCCUAAUUUCAAUUCCAAUCAUCAAAACUCUCCUAAAAAAUCUUCAAUUGGUGCUGCCGUAGCUGCUGCUGCACUCUCAUUCAGCCUCUUACUAUAUCCACCUGUUUCGAUUGCUGCUAAUUCGCCGGCUUCUGAUCAAUCGUCAUCGUCUGAUGAGUAUUGCCGCGAAGAUGGGGGAUUAUUGGGGGAUGAUAUGGCGUUAUCGGCGCCGAAAUUGGGGACGAAUGAGGGUAUUGUGGAGGAAGCUUGGGAGAUAGUGAAUGAUAGUUUUCUUGAUACGGGUCGUAGUCGUUGGUCGCCGGAAUCGUGGAUUCGCAAGAAGGAAGACAUAUUGAGCACUUCUAUUAAGACUAGAUCAAAGGCUCACAAUAUCGUUCAAAAAAUGUUGGCAAGUUUGGAAGAUCCUUAUACACGUUUUUUGUCUCCAGAAGAGUUCUCGAAGAUGGCUAGAUAUGACAUGACUGGUAUUGGAAUAAAUGUCAGGGAGAUGCCUGACAGCAGUGGAAGCUUCAAACUGAAGGUGCUUGGACUCGUAUUGGAUGGGCCUGCUCAAACUGCUGGAAUUAGACAGGGUGACGAAAUCUUGUCUGUUGAUGGGGAGGAUGUGAGGGGCAAAUCAGCUUUUGAUGUAUCGUCAAAGUUGCAAGGUCCCAGUGAAACUUUUGUAACAGUUGAGGUGAAGCAUGGCAACUGUGGUCCUCUCCAGUCUGUCAAAGUUCAGAGACAGCUGGUUGCUAGACCUCCAGUGUUCUACCGGUUGGAGAAAAUUGACAAUGGUGCAACCUCUGUUGGAUAUGUGCGUCUUAAAGAGUUCAAUGCACUGGCCAGAAAAGAUAUAGUAACAGCAAUGAAGCGCCUCCAGGACCAAGGUGCAUCAUCUUUUGUUCUGGAUCUAAGAGACAAUUUUGGUGGCCUAGUGCAGGCUGGGAUAGAAAUUGCAAAGCUGUUUCUGGAUAAGGGGGAUACGGUGAUUUAUACUGCUGGAAGGGAUCUGUCUCAGAAUGCUUUUGUGGCAGAGUCUGCACCACUCGUCAAAGCGCCUGUCAUGGUUUUGGUGAACCAUAAUACUGCAAGUGCCAGUGAAAUAGUCGCAUCAGCUCUUCAUGAUAAUUGCAAAGCUGUUCUGGUGGGGGAAAAAACUUAUGGCAAGGGUCUAAUUCAAUCAGUUUUUGAGCUCCAUGAUGGAUCUGGCGUGGUUGUGACAAUAGGGAAGUAUGUAACGCCUCACCACUUAGAUAUCAAUGGCAAUGGAAUUGAACCCGACUUCUCUAACAUCCCACGGUGGAGCGAGGUGAAAGAAUAUCUUUCUACUUGUAAUCGAUUGACACAAGGAUGAUUGAAGCAAAUCAAUCUUGUUUGUUCCACGAAGAGCUGAAAAGAUUAUACUGCUUCCUGGCUUGGUUUUCUUAUGACAAAUCUGGUGCCGGGUUUGAGUUGCAAUCCCCUCCAAGGGCAAGUAGAACUGCCGUACUUGUACUAGAUUCUUUCUACUUGUAAGUUGUAAUUAAUACAUGUAUGUACACGAUAACAGACUUGGCUGCAAGAAUGAACCAUUCUUAUAGAAAGAUUUUGAUGACCGGUAUUUGACUGCAA